CUUUCACGACCACACAGGGACAUGUACUGACGCCGAGGGGAGGACUGAUCGUAACCUGCUCUCGAAGGCGGCAAAUUGAUUCCAGCAUCAUUUUUAUGUGUGGAUUAUUAUUUAUUUUCAACAACAACAAAAAAGCCAACGAUGGAGGAAUCCAGCUCACAGAAGUUGGUUUGGGACGGCGACGCCAAAGCAGUGCAGCAGUGUCUAACGGAUAUAUUCACCAGUGUCUACACCACAUGUGACAUUCCAGAAAAUGCCAUUUUCGGCCCUUGUGUUUUGAGCCACACGUCGUUGUAUGACAGCAUAGCCUUCGUAGCGCUCAAAUCAACGGAUAAACGAACUGCGCCUUACAUAUUCCGGGUGGACACAUCCGCAGCCAACAGCACGUCGGAAGGCUUGAUGUGGCUGCGGCUCGUGCAGUCGGCGAGGGACCGAGACGAGCAGAACCUCGAGGCCUACGUGAAGAACGGACAGCUGUUCUACCGGUCUCUCCGGAGGAUCGAGAAGGACGAGGAGCUGUUGGUCUGGUACGGGAAAGACCUGAUUGAGCUGCUGCUGCUUAGUGCGGGUAAAGCGCCGGUCAAGGCCAAGGGGUCCACUCCCUACUCCUGUCCUGACUGCAACCAGCGCUUCCAGUUUGAGUUCCCCUUCCUGGCCCAUCUGAGGUUCCGCUGCACCAAGAGACUACAGAGCAUGGCAGCAGGCAGUGUGGACGAGGAGGUCACCAGUAAGGAGCCAAGCACUGAGCGCCCUAACCCCAACCCUACCGCCACCGCACCCACCAGAGCUAGCCCUAAACUGGGCCGCUCGGAUGGGGACAGCGCCAAACCCUCCACAGACUUCCAUAACCUGGCCAGAGACCUGGAGAACAGUCGAACCAGUCCGCCGAGCGACCGUGAGGCUGAGAUCCGCAGCGAGAGCUCUGGGAAGAGGAAAUUCUCCGAUGUGGAGGACAGAGAGCGGGAUGGUAGCAGGGCCUCUCUGAGUCUGUCUCAGUCCCACAAGUCUAAGGAGGAGCUGGCUAGCUCAGCACAGAACUAUCGGGGAGCGUACGGUCUGGAGGAGAAUCGACGAGGGCCGACGUUCUCCCCUCCAGGGUCGGGGUCCACCGAGUCGGGUGGGGAGGGUAAACGCAGCGCCUUCACCGAGGUCAAGAAGUCUCCACAGAGCCUAAAGACACACGGUAACAGCGGCAGCACCAAAAACCUCCAGAGCUCCAACGUCGAGAACAAGGACGGAGGUCGGCCCGGCCCCGGCAGCAACCCUCCCCAGGAGAAGCAUCUCAACAUUAGGCAGGUUCUGUCGGAGACUCAGCCUGUCCAGUCACAGACCCGCAUGGAGGCCUCUCCGCUAGGGAGCGCCUUCACCUCCGUGGUCCAGCAGGGUGGGGGGAACAGCAGGGAUAGGAAGAGCGCCUUCAGCCAACCUUCCCGCCACGCUACCUCCUCCUUCUCCCAGAUCUCACCUCUGGUCAUGACCACGCCCAAACUCCUGGACUGUCACCCGACGGUUGGAGACACCAUCUCCUCCUCUAGACUCUACCAGGCAGACCACCUAGCCGCCAAACUCCACGGCGCCGAGCUGGGCGCCAACUGCCCAGUGCCGGGCGCCAUGUCCAAGCAGAGCCCGUUCCUCUACGCAGCGGCUGCUGCCACAGCCUUCUGGCCGAAGAGCCAGGGCCCCAUCCAGCUGCAGAUGCCCUCAGCGUUAACCUUACUCCCCCCCUCCUUCACCUCUCUGUGUCUGCCCGCCCAGAACUGGUGCGCCAAGUGCAACGCCUCCUUCCGUAUGACCUCUGACCUGGUGUACCACAUGAGGUCGCACCACAAGAAGGAGUUCGCCAUGGAGCCGAUGGUGAAGAGGAGGCGUGAGGAGAAACUCAAGUGUCCGAUCUGUAACGAGUCGUUCAGGGAGAGGCACCACCUCUCUCGUCACAUGACCUCCCACAA